GUUGAAGACAACGAGGAAUCACAAAUUUUUAUAGUAAGAUAAUAUAUAAUAUAAGAUAUGCGUCGAUGACCAUUUUGCAUUAAACAAGUUAUUUAUUAUUGUUUUUAUUACAGUGAGAGACAUUAUUAUAACACUGAUAGGCAAGCACGUAUAAGAGGCUGAGAAGUGUUUUAAUAGGCGCCAGUAAAUGUUGAAGUGGCCAUAUCUUUAUGUACAUAGUGUAACAGUAAUUCCAAAUAAUAUUUACUUGGUUUUCUAAAUGUAAUUUUUGCCAAUGUAAUUGCUGCAUUGCCUGCACUCUUGUGGCGAUACUGUAAAUAUGAAUUAAUUGUUCGUGCCACGCAUUGAGUAUCCUUGGUGGAAACAGUUGUGUUCAAUCUCUGCUCGAGGUUAUGCAGCAUUAUUUCGUAGCAGUGACAGCAGAGAAAUUGAGAGAAUAUUUGUAUGGACGUGUUUAACGAUCGAUUGUGGUAUACUGUGAUCGAGAGGUCUGUGUUAAAAUUGAGUGGAUGCUCGUGGAUGCUAAUUGACGGUUUAAGGAGGGGGAGCUGGAACUGGUACAAAUAGUCAUAAAUUUUGUGCUCCUUCCAAAUUGUAUGUCUUACAGGAAAAACUAUAUGUUUAAACAUUGUACUUAGUAAUGUACGCAAAUAUAGUACCGGAGAGAAGUACGGAAUGCUCCUGCCUUUUGUGAACGGUGCUGUUAGUUGAUCGGCGUUUGUUCUUUGUUUCACGGAGUCUGCAUUGCUGAGAAGAGAUUUGACUAAAUACCAGUUCUUUUACAAUAGGAAACCUUAAGAAAAUAAUCCUAACCCCAAAAAUGAAGUUGGUUGAUCACGUUGUUCGAAGUUUUAAAGUUGCUAAGGUGUUUCGGGAGAACACCGAUAAAAUAAACAGCAUUGACUUUUCCCCAAGCGGAGACACAUUGAUUUCUUGCAGCGAAGAUGAUCAAAUUGUAAUUUAUGACUGUGAGAAGGGAACCCAGAUGAGAACUGUCAACAGUAAAAAGUAUGGAGUGGACCUUAUCCACUUCACACAUGCAAAAAAUACUGCUGUUCACAGUUCAACAAAAGUAGAUGAUACAAUAAGAUACUUAUCCCUCCAUGAUAACAAAUACAUCAGGUACUUCCCUGGGCAUACAAAGAAGGUUGUAUCACUUUGUAUUUCUCCUGUGGAAGAUACUUUUCUUUCUGGGUCACUGGAUAAGACCCUCAGAUUAUGGGACUUGAGAUCUCCAAACUGCCAAGGACUUAUGCAUCUUUCAGGUCGGCCUGUUGCAGCAUAUGACCCAGAAGGGCUUAUAUUUGCAGCCGGUGUUAAUUCAGAGAGUAUUAAGCUGUAUGAUCUGAGGUCAUUUGACAAAGGUCCAUUUAUAACAUUCAAGUUGAGUCAAGAAAAGGAGUGUGAUUGGACAGGUCUGAAGUUCAGUCGGGAUGGGAAGACGAUCUUAAUUUCAACAAAUGGCUCCAUUAUUCGGCUUAUUGAUGCUUUUCAUGGAACUCCAAUGCAGACAUUCACUGGUCACCUCAACAACAAGGGGAUCCCUAUUGAGGCUUCCUUCAGUCCUGAUUCACAGUUUGUUUUUAGUGGCUCUACAGAUGGACGAGUUCAUGUAUGGAAUGCAGACACAGGCUACAAAGUGUGUGUCCUUAAUGCUGACCAUCCUGCACCAGUGCAGUGUGUUCAGUUUAAUCCAAAGUACAUGAUGCUUGCAUCAGCAUGUACCAAUAUGGCAUUUUGGCUUCCAACAGCAGAUGAAAAUGCUUAAAAUUAAUUUAAUGAAAAUGCAUUUGGAAAUAAUUAUACUGUGCUCAAAUUCGGGUAGCUGUGAGUUAAAUAUGAACAAGGAAAUUUCCUUUUAAUAUGAAAAGAGCACCAAAAUUGUUUUUUUUGACAAAACUUGCAUUUAUCAGUUUUGAAGUUACUUGUCACAGACUAGACUUUUCAUUAAAUGUUCUGAAAUUUUGUUGAUAUCUUUAAACCAGGGUUAUUCUGUAAUUUGAAUUAGUGACAGCCUGCUUGGUUGUUCAGUUAAUGGAUUUGUGGAACACUGCAUUGUGAAUAACAUGGGUUAUAUAAGCAACUUCCUCUACUGAAACAACUCAUUUCGGUGCAAUCCAACAAAUAUGUACCUGUUAAUUAUAUACAAGUGAGUAUGCUAUGUACAUAUCGGAAUGAGUGGGUGUUUGAAUGUUUUGUGUUUGUUAUCAUGCACAAAAGUGAAAUUAUUUCUCAGUGAUCAAGUACUGUUCACAAAGCAAAUAAUUAUUCUGCUCAACUUGUAAAAUUUUUCACAGCAAUUAAUAAUUGUAGAAUUUGAUGUUUUCAUGGUGAUGUGAGUUUAGAUAGUGAUAAUAAUUGUAUUUGAUAAUGGAAAUUGUGAUGUACUAUGUGAUAAUAAUUUGCAUAUUCAAAACUGA